UCUCUCUCUCUCUCUCUCUCUCUCUCUCUCUCUCUCUCUCUCUCCUCUUCUUCUUCUUCUUUUUUUUUUUCUCGCUAAAGACGAUGUCUUGCAAUACUAGUUUGAUAUGCCUAGUUCUUGAUUUGAUUCCAUAUUUCAAAUUUUGGAUCUUUUGAAAAAAAGGAAUACAUUAUGUGUUCCUAAUUUCCAGAAAUGGGUUCUUGUUCUUACGAUUUAGUUCAAAAAUUCCACCGUUCUUUUUUCGGUCAACGGAAGUCUUCAAUUCCAUGGGUUCUUUCUUCGCUUCUUUUUUUUGAAUAACUUGAGGUUUUCUGGUUGUAGUUAUGUUAGGGUGAUGUUCAAUUUCUUAGAAUAUAUUAGGGUGAUGUUCAAUUUCUUAGAAAGCGAACGGAUCUCAGUGGAGAAAGAAACUUUCAGGGUUUUCAAAAGUCAGGAGCUUUUUUGAAAUCUGAGCAGCAACAUGAGAAAUAAUUACAGGUUAGUUCGAUGCCCAUGUUGCUGGAAAUUUCAGCAGGACCCAGGAGUUCCGAUCUAUGUAUGUGGAGGCUGUAAUGCAAUUCUUAUAGUGAUUAAGGAUGAAAACGAGAGAGUAUCAGAUCAUGAUACAGAGAUAUUGGUAGCACACAUGGAUUUUGCUAAAAAGGCAGAAAUUUAUACUCAUGAUAUACUUCCACUUGACCUUGAAAGUUCAGAUGAUACGCUAUUAAAACAGUCUGAGGUAAACACUAAACUAGGGUUAGUUCGAUGCCCAAGAUGCCAGAAAGUUCUUUUGGAGCCACCGGAAGUUUUGGUUUAUGGAUGUGGAGGCUGUAAUUCAAUUCUUCUAGUGAAAGAGAAAAAUGAUAGAGUUGAUAGAGAGGUAAAUGCUACAGAGAUAUUAGAAGCUCAGGUUGCUCAGAGGGCAGCGAUGUAUACUCAAAGUAUACCUCCACCUGACCCUGAAAGUACUUCAGAUCAAACACUAAUAACUACUCACCCAAAGCCGAACAACCUCAAAAUCCCCCUUGAGGCCAUAAAAGAUUGUACUCAAGACUUCAACCAAAGAAACUUCAUCGGGAAAGGUGGAUACGGAAAGGUCUACAAGGGACUCCUCUUCUGGGCGGAUCAUGUAAACCAGUUGGUUGCUGUAAAACGGUUAGAUGUCACUGGCUUUCAAGGUAACAAGGAGUUCCACACCGAGCUAACAAUGCUUUCACAGUAUCAUCACGAAAACAUUAUAAGACUUAUAGGGUUUUGUGAUGAUAACAAGGAGAUGAUCCUUGUCUACGAAUACGCAAGCAAUGGAAGCCUCGAUACAUAUUUACGUGACACUUCUAUAUCGGUUCGACCUUCAUGGACACAACUUCUCAAAAUAUGCAUUGAUGUUGCUUCUGCAUUGGACUAUCUUCAUAAUCACGUGGCAGAAAAACACAGAAUAAUACACCGUGAUAUAAAAGCCGCCAAUGUUUUGUUAGAUGAGAAUUGGAAUGCAAAACUUGCUGAUUUUGGGUUGUCAAGAAUAGGUCUAGCAAAUCAACCGAACACGUUUGUGAUCACUAACCUUGCUGGCACAUAUGGUUAUUGUGACCCACAAUACGAAAAAACAGGAUUUUUAACAAAAGAGUCAGAUGUUUACUCGUUCGGUGUGGUUUUAUUUGAAGUAUUAUGCGGAAGGCUCGCGUGUGAUUUCAGUUACAAUGACGAGCGGCGAUUCCUCCAUCAUUUGGUUCGAGCCAGCUAUAAAAGCGGAGAUAUAGACAAAAUUAUCGAUCCCAAAAUAAGGAAAGAUAUCAAACCAAGUACGUUGCUCAAGUUUUCAGCUAUUUCAUCUCAAUGCUUGGAAAAAACUCGGGAAAAACGACCUGCGAUUGCUGAGGUGGCAUUCCAACUUAAGGAGGCCAUGCAAAUUCAAAUUGUAACCGAUUAGAAGAUGAGUUACUCUUCGUGGUAUAGACUAUAGAGCUUCAUGAUGACCCUACCAACAUAGCUUCCAACCAUCCUUCAAUAGGAGCCACAUUACCUCAUUCGGUGUGUUUUAACUUUUAACAAGAAUGGAUAGUUGAUGAUAUAAAUGAGUCAAGUACAUGGUUUUUGAGGAUACCCAUAUGUCAGGACGUAACAUUAUGGGUGUCACGAGUCACGACAGGCAUGGUGGCAACUGAAGAUCGUGUGCUUCUGACGUAACAUUAUGGGUGUCACGAGUCACGACGGGCAUGGUGGCAACUGAAGAUCGUGUGCUUCUGAUGGUUGCUAGAACAUGACUUAUG